AUGCCAGAUCCCAUCAAACCUCGGCCAGCUAGAGGUGCGUUGCAGCGCGUACGUACUGGGAGUAGAACGACAGUUGCUUGCCUCGGCUGCAAAGAUAAGAAACUGCGAUGCGAUGCACAAGUGCCAAUCUGUACCAAUUGCCGCCGAUAUAACACAGAAUGCCUUGUAGAGGAUCCGGCAACGAAGCGGCAUCAUCCGAGAAACUACCUCGAAACCCUGGAGCAACGUGUCGCCACGCUGGAAGGCGUUAUCCGCGGGAUGCAUGCAACACCCCCCAGCAACGAUAGAACUGCCGUUCAGGACAAUGAGCUCAGCGACUUGUCAUCUAUGAUUGGGACAUUGAGUCUCAAUGCAGCUGGAGCAGAGCCUCAUUACCUAGGCUCGUCGUCUGCCUUUGCCUUUGCCCGCUUCGUUGAACCUGUCAUUCGACAGGCUAUUACCUCAAUGCCUCCCCGUAUAGCUGUUCAGCUUAGUGAUGCAUACUUUGGCAAUAUCCACACUCAGUACCCAUUCUUACAUGAACCAACAUUCCGUCAAUGGGAGACGAGAUUGUAUAAUCCCACACACGCUGCCAUAUUGACUGAUUCCGGUCGAGUGCCUCUUUACUUCUUAAAUAUGGCUUACGCUGUUGGUGCACUGUUACUGCCAAACUCUGGAUACUCUCCGGAGCAGUUGUACGCGUCCGCCUUGCUCUAUAUCGAUGAUAUCCUGUGCUAUGAUAACCUGGAGUGCAUCCAAGCAAUUCUCUGCAGUGCAACCUACUCUCUCCGUUCUUCGAAAGGCACAUCCCAUUGGAAACUAGCAGGGCAGGCCCUUCGCCAAUGCAUCAACCUUGGCUACCAUCGCAACCACAGACGUCUCGGGUUGAAUGUCAGCCCAGCUCAGGUUGAAAUGCAAAAACGAACUUUCUGGAGCGCUUACACUAUGGAGUGUGCGGCUGCAGUCAUGCUUGGACGUCCCCUGAGUCUGAACUAUAACGAGAUUGAUGCAGAAUUUCCAUUGGAUGUCGAAUAUGAUGCAGAUGGGUCACGAAACCCCAGACCUACCGGUCUCCUAACCUACGCUAAUCCUGGAUUUUCCAUCCGUGCUCUUCAGGGUCGUAUUCAGACGGCGCUCUACGCAGACCUCACGAGUGCCUCAGACACUGAGACCCGCAGUAAGCAGAUAGAAAAUCUCCGCGAAGUCCUAAAAACCUGGAACACCUCUAUUCCAUCGACGCCAAUCACCCCACCGGCCGUCGGGGCUCUGUCAUUCUUUACAACGCCAGACUGGUACCAAUGUAGCUACAACUAUACCCUCUUGCAGCUAUACCGCUUACAAAUUACGAAUGUUAAGGUCCCCGCGCCUUUUGACAUCAUCUUGGAGUGCAUUCAAGCCGCCGAAAGUAGCUGCCGUUGUUUUCGGCGACAAUUUAUCGGCACGCCAACGACAUAUACAUGGAGCGCUCUGCACGAACUUUUCAUUGCUGGUUUGACAUACUUAUACUGCCUUUGGAUAUCACCCACUGCGAGGGAGGUCAUACGGCCAGAUCGCGUGAGUAGUACAUGCACCGACUGCAUAAUGGUCCUUGUCGCGAUUGCAGAGCAGUGGAAGGAUGCGGCACCUUAUAGAGAUGUUUUUGAGAUACUGUCAAACAACACAAUGACCAUCAUGACAAGUUGGCAGGAAGGAAACGCACUUCAGACGGCAACAGGAGCGACCGCCGUACAAACGACAGCGAGGCACGAUACGAUCUUCCCAUCAUACUUAUUGGAUUGGAUGACUGGGAUCUCCCAGGAAGCCGGGAUUUCCACAGGUGUUGACCGGCUGCUGAAUGGAUUUUUUGACGAUUUUGUAUUCCCAGAACUACCAGAUAUUGUUUAA